AUGGAAUUCAAAAACUUGCCCUUUCUGCGUCACUUGACGCCCAGGCUUGCAUUUUGUAUAUUCCUAAUGAGUAUCAGCGUCUUCAAUUUUGGCUUGGACAACACCGCCUAUUCUACUAUCCAGGCCAUGGACCCAUUCAUCAAACGCUUCGGUACUAUUGAAAAACAUGGAAAGCAUGUUAUUACGCCCAAACAUCUGAGUUAUCUGAGCGCUUUCCCCAGAAUCACAUUUGCGGCUGGCAUCUUAAUAGGAGGUUGGACAUCUGAACGUGUCGGCCGUCGACCCGUUAUCAUCAUGAUGAUGGUCAUCUGCCUAAUUGGCGUUAUCGUGUCGUAUACAGCAAAGACGUACGCGGCGAUCUUGAUCGGUCGAAUGAUUGUUCACGGCUAUAUAGGCAUGGAGGGCUGCGUAGUGCCCAUGUUCCAAGCUGAGAUUUCCCCUGCUGCCAUUCGCGGUAUUAUCGUUAUCAGCUAUCUGUUCAAUCAUGUCUUUGGUUCAUUCAUCAUGUCUUGUAUCACGUACAAGACAGCGGAAUUAAACACCGAUAUGUCCUGGAAGAUUCCUAUAGCCGUUAUGUUUGUGAUUCCUUCUCUGGUGCUUCUGUUGGCUUGGUUCCUGCCCGAGUCUCCACGUUGGCUGUUGCGGAAAGGCCGAGAUGAGGAAGCUUUAAAACAACUUAAAUACCUCUAUGAAAACGACGACCAAGCUAAACUUGAGCGUGAGAUAGAGUUGUUGAAAAAAUCUCUAGCCGCCAACGUUCAGAAAGGUAGUUGGAUGGAUUUACUCCGUGGCACCAACCUGCGCCGCACUCUGAUCGUCAUCUCCAUCCAAUCCUUCAACCAAUUAACCGGUCAAACAUUCGCUACAUCCUACGGAACAGUCUUCAUCAAAACCCUCGGAACCAUCAAUCCAUACAAAUUCACUCUGAUAUCAAACGCAAUAGGUUGUCUGGGACCGUUUUUAACAUUCUUUCUCGUCGACAGACUCGGCCGUCGGAACAUGUAUCUCAUAUUCGGCACGUUGUGUGGCUCAUGUCUUUUUGUAAUGGGUGGUUUGGGCCUGGGGACGGUGACUUUCCAGCAGAAAGCGGGAAUAGUAGCCAUGGAUAUCUUGUACCCUUUCUUUUACUGCUUUUCGUUUGGUGGGAUGGCUCCCUUAACAGGCGCAGAAACCCCUUCACCCAGAUUACGAGACAAAUCCGCAAUAGUGGGCUGGAGUUUUCAAAAUCUAUGGGCAUUCGUUGUCACAUUCGUGGUUCCGUACUUGAUCAGUGACAGUUACGUGGGUUUACACUCCAAGGUCGGGUUUAUAUUUGGCAGUAUCUGUGUUGUAGCGCUUGUAUGGGCGUACUUCUUCUUCCCGGAGUUGAAGGGUCGGUCACUGGAAGAGGUUGAUGAGUUCUUUCAGGCUAGGGUUUCUGCGAAGAAGUCUAGAUACUGGAAACCAGAGUCGCAAAGCCGCGGACAGAAAAUUACAGCAAUUGAGGACGAUGCGCCUCUUGCGGAUGAAAUUAUAUAUUCCUAUAGCACAGAGAAUGUGAAGGAUCAGGGGAAAUCGAGAGUUGUGCAAACGCAGCAAUCUUUGGUUUAA